GCACUCUGUGACGCGCAACGUGUGUAACGACCUCUACAUGGAUAGGUUUAUAUUCGCUAGUAACACAUUAGUAUGUCACUGUCAGUAGGUAACUUGUAACAUGAGAUGGCUGUGCGACUUCCAUCAGAUAGCACUCGUAUUCAGGGUUGCAUGAGCGAUUGAAGUCAUCCGGUCCUAGCCAUGUUGACCUGGCGAAAUAUGCAUGUUACAGUGCGAACAGUAUCUGGACUUUUAAAUUCCCAUCGGGUGAUCCGCAGCCGAGAAUGCAUGUGUGCACAUGGACGUAUUAGGACUUUCACCACCGGUAGAAUUCUACACAAUAAAUUCUUUAAAGACCUGGAAAACCAAUUUAAUGCUGCGAGGGACAAGGUGGCGGAUGCCCUGCCAGGUAGCCAGUGGAGCCCCUUCGAGAUGAACCCCAACCUUCCCCCCGAGAGGGCGGACAUAGUGAUCAUCGGAGGGGGUGUGAUUGGCUGGUCGAUAGCCUAUUGGCUAAAAAAAAAGGAGAGGGUGCGGGAUGGAGUGAAAGUGAUAGUGGUAGAAAAAGACCCAACGUAUUCCCAGGCCUCCACAGUGCUCUCCGCAGGGGGCAUACGGCAGCAGUUCUCCCUUACAGAGAACAUACAGCUCUCUUUGGCCUCAGCAGACUUCAUGCGGAAUAUCAACGAGCACCUGGGGGUGUUGAACCAGGAGCCGGUGGACCUCCAGUUCAACCACUCCGGCUACCUGUUCGUGGCCAACGAGAGCGUGGCCCACAUCAUGGAGGAGAACUACAGCACACAGAGGUUCGCCGGGGCCAAAGUGUCACUCCUCUCGCCUGUGCAGUUGAAGGAGAAGUUUCCCUGGAUCAACACCGAGGACGUUGCGCUCGCCUCCUACGGGCUGGAGAACGAGGGUUGGUUCGACCCGUGGACCCUGCUGAACGCUUUCAGACAGAAGGCUAUUUCCAUGGGCGUCAUUCAGAGCAUUGGAGAAGUCACUGGUUUCAACUGUACAUUAAACAGAAUGGACACUGUUGACGGCGAGACGGUGGACGUCAAGAGAAUAAAACAUGUGAACGUUCGGAUGCCCAACAGUCGGGAGUACCAGCCGGUGGAGUGUGCCAUCGUGGUGAACGCGGCGGGGGCCUUCUCUGCUAAACUAGUGGACAUGAUGGGCAUCGGCACUGGUCCCAAGGACACGCUAUCAGGGAUGGCCUUACCGGUGGAGCCCCGCAAAAGGUUUAUCUAUGUAUUCAACUGUCCGGAUGGGCCAGGGCUGGACUGUCCCUUCCUGGUGGACUACUCUGGUAUUUACUUCAGGAGAGAGGGCCUCGGGGGAAACUACAUCACUGGGACAUCCCCAGAGGAGGAUGCAGAGCCCGAUGUCAGCAACCUUGAUGUGGACCACGAGUUCUUCCAGGAGAAAAUUUGGCCUUCAUUGGCUCAUCGCGUCCCUGCUUUCGAGAGCCUUAAGGUGACUAGCGCAUGGGCCGGCUACUACGACUACAACACCUUCGACCAGAACGCCAUCCUGGGCAUCCACCCGCUGGCACAGAACAUGUUCUUCGCCACGGGCUUCAGUGGGCACGGCCUGCAGCAAUCGCCCGCCGCUGGGCGCGCGGUGGCGGAGCUCAUCCUGGACGGCAGCUACCAGACGCUGGAUCUGAAGGGGCUGGGCUUCCAGCGCAUCAUGGCCAAGGAGCCGCUGCUAGAGAAGAACAUCGUCUAGUUGUGUGGGAGUAGCAUGAAGACAGAAGGUUCACGAACUGUUGAACAAUGCCACACUCGCCCAGGGAUGUAGCAGGAGACCCUGGAGCAUAAAGUAUUCGGCUAGUUUGCUAAGACCCCAGGUUAUUGGCAAACCAACAGAAAACACUGUUUCGAUAAGUGGACCCCAGAACAACAAUUCAAUAAGUUGCCAGGAUAAGUGUAGGAGGGGCUGUUUUAAAACUGAUUGGAAAGAUGCCUUCGUAUUUGCUUAAGUUCUGAAUCAAAAUCAAGUGCUCAGUUCCCAAAUGUUUUAACUUACAUGCCAUGCUCAGUCUCUUCAGUCUUUGAGCAUGCACUGUGACAUGUAAAGACAAAAUCUGAACUUGUGUUUUUUCUUUUGAUUGUGGGCACUAUUUGAGAAAAGACCUAGCCAGGGCAGUUCAUAUGCAGUUACUUAUGUUGUACAAAACAAACAUACAGCUAUGGGAGGGGCUAAACACCAAUUUGGGAUAGAAUGGAUGUCAAUGGCUCAUCGACUGCCCAAUUUUGGAACAAUGAACAAUGCCACAGCGAGAGCCUGAGUUGAACCAAUCCCUUGGCUGAUUUUAAUUCUCAACAUAGAAAACGUCUUUACUUAACCCGUGGUCUCAACAAAAUGUCCAAAUCCUUGAAUGAAGCCUGGUGUCAGUCUCACGGAAGAAUCAAACACAUAAAUCAUUAAGCAAUUGGGAAGUGGAAGAGAAUGGAGGGGGACAACAUUACCUAGACACCUACUCUGUUGCCUUGGGAUAAAAUUUUUAAACGCUGACUUGUGAUAUUGUCACUCAAACUAAAUAACUAUUGUGUUUUACUCUGUCAUAGUUAUUCUCACCAAUCUACUGAAAUUAUUUUGUCACAAGCAUUUCCUAAAACUCUUUCUAGAGGGAGCCAUUACUGUAGUUAUUUCAAAGUAAGAGUCAGGGGCCCCUCUAAUGGGGUACCAGGCCUUAGUUGGACUAACAUUUAUCCACAGCCCAGAGAAUUAUUCACUGUGUAUAAAACAUUUUACAGAAAAGAUAUAUACUUAUAUAUGUGAGUCGCUUUGGAUAUAAGGGUCUGCUAACUGUAAAUGUGUGCAUUAACUUGCGUAGGCACAGACUCAAGCAAUUGAACAGCCAAAGCUUUGUAUUAAUGAUUGAGUUACUUGUUAGCCAGUGGUGAAUACCUUAACCCAACACCGACCCUAAAGCAAUUGGCCCUACUAUUCAGAGUAGUUAAAGGUUCAACAGGGGAGGGGGGGUCAAGGCAAGCUGCUGAAACCUUUUAAACAAACAGUGAGAAGGAAUGAUCCAAGGAAUGAACAAUGCAAAGUCUUAUUUUGACAUAUGUGUAUAAAGAGAGACAUAUUUGUGUGAAAUAUACAUUUACAUAUUGUCUUCUGUUAAGAUGCUGAGGUCCUUAAAACUCCUCAGCAUCUUACAAUCAAGGUUGAUCUGGAGUUUAUUUUGUAUCAAAAUGUUUUAAAAUGAAGGAAAUGGCAGAGAGCAUUUCAUAUUAUUGAGGCCUGUAUAAUGUCCUAUUCCGAUUGGAAAAACUGUAUUUUGCGUUCACUUUUCCAAUUCUAUAGGCUCAUCUUUUCUCUUAUUCAACAUUAUAAAUUUUGCUGGGUUCUUUGAG